GCUAUCUCUGCGACAGGAUAAUUGGUCAAAUUCACUAUAUCCGUGUUUAUAGUGGAAACGCUGCAUACAUUGGGGUGGACAUUACAUCUGCAAAUGUCAAUUUAUACUUGAUUAUAAUAAAGCUACGGAAUCAAAAUACAGGGUGUUUUGUGAGUGGGUGUGGGUGUGUGUCCCAGUGUGAAUCAUGGAACAGUGUGCAUGUGUGGAACGGGAGCUGGAGAAAGUGCUCCAUCGCUUCGUCAUGUACGGCCACCAAUCUGAAGAGAGGCUGGACGAGCUCCUGCGUAGCGUCUGUGAGAUACGAGGACAGCUUGUCGCUUUUGGAGUCCAAGAUGGAGACUUAUCUGUCCUGUCUCAGACUAUGGCUCAGUGUUGUAAGAAUAUCAAGGAGACGGUGCAGAUGUUAGCCUCUCGACAUAAGGACAUCCACGGCAGUGUCUCCAAAGUGGGCAAAGCCAUCGACAGGAACUUUGAUGCAGAGAUUAGUGCUGUGGUUGCAGAGACGGUUUGGGACACCCCAGAUAGACAGAAACACCUGAGUGAAACCAUAGUGGAACACUUGUACAGACAAGGCAUGCUCAGUGUAGCAGAAGAUCUUUGUCAGGAAUCUGGUGUGGUUAUAGAUAUGAGCAUGAAGCAGCCUUUCCUUGAGCUCAACAGGAUCCUUGAAGCAUUAAGGAUGCAGAACCUGAGGCCGGCACUUGAGUGGGCAGUGACGAACAGACAGCGUCUUCUGGACCUCAACAGCAGUUUAGAGUUUAAAUUGCAUCGCUUGUACUUUAUCAGCCUGCUGAGUGGUGGCAUUAGCAACCAGAUGGAGGCGCUACAGUAUUCCAGGCACUUCCAGCCUUUUGCCUCUCAGCACCAGAGAGAUAUUCAGAUCCUGAUGGGCAGUCUGGUGUACCUGCGUCACGGCAUCGAGAACUCUCCAUACCGCACUUUGCUGGAGACCAACCAGUGGGCGGAGAUUUGUAAUAUCUUCACCAGAGAUGCCUGCGCUUUACUGGGCCUCUCUGUAGAGUCUCCUCUAAGUGUUAGCUUUGCAUCAGGCUGCAUGGCUCUGCCUGUGCUGAUGAACAUCAAGCAGGUGAUCGAGCAGAGACAAUGCAGCGGCGUCUGGACGCACAAAGACGAGCUGCCUAUUGAAAUUGACCUCGGCAAGAAGUGCUGGUACCACUCGGUGUUCGCCUGCCCCAUCCUCAGACAGCAAACCUCAGAGAGCAACCCCCCCAUGAAGCUCAUCUGCGGCCACGUCAUCUCCAGAGAUGCUCUCAACAAACUAACCAACGCUGGGAAGUUGAAGUGCCCGUACUGCCCCAUGGAGCAGAAUCCCUCACACGCCAAGCAGAUCUACUUUUGAUAGCGCACACUCCUUCUGUGAGAGAGAAAGGAUUAAGUUCCCUGGAACGCCUUGCUUUUCCAGGGCCCCGUUACUCCGAUCCUUUUUCCUCUUGUCCUUGGCCCAUGACCCGUUCUUGUAAGCAUUAAGGUUUUCUCUUCAGUGCUGAUGGGACAGCAAUGGCCACCCUGUACAAACCAAUGGUCCCAACCGCGACCUGCAUUGGAAAACGAGGAGCGCUAUGAGAAUGUCCUCACUAAGAAGCGACGCUGACUAAGAAUCAUUCAUUGAAACUUUUUUUUGGAAAUGAAAUUAUUAUUUAUAGUGUUUGAGUAGUAUCUGACAAAAGACUGCUUUUUUUUUGGAAUGAUAUUUGGACUGGCAAGUGGGUUUACACAACCUUUCAGAAGAAAUGUGCAGUAGCGCUUUACUGACUAUUAUUUUGUGGAGCCGCUCAGAUCCAGCCAUUAGUGAACGAUGGAACUUUUUUUUUUUUUUUAAUUUUCUUGUGUGACAAACUGCACCAGCAAGAUCCUCCUCAUAGAAGCCAUUUGUCUUGUUCCACACGUGUAUUUAACAAACACAACAAAUAGAAAAUGUAUGCUACUGUGAAAUGUGCUUUCUUUCCAUUCUUCAUCGCCACAGCCCCGAUAGGCUGAUGUAAAAUAGCCGAGUGAACAUGUGUAAUCAACACGACUAACAGCUCGCCAAAUCACGGCCUCACGCCGCCUGGCAUCCUAAUGCUUUUCACGCCGCGUGACUUGGAGAUGUGAAGUGAUGCGAUGGUAGCCGUAUGGUCUGCGUUGCAGUGACUGUAGGUUGUGAUUCAGCUUUACUCGUCGUGGGGUUGGGGGAAGUUUGCUCAUUAUCGUAUUUGUUCUUUAAUAUAUUCUUCUAAAAUGACCUAUGCUUCAUAGGUUUGGUUUAUCUUUUGCAAUAGAAAUCAUAAACCUGAACUUAUUUCCUCAGGGUUCAUCGACACAACACACAGGUAGUGUUAAUGAUAGGUAAGAAUAAGCUGCUCAUUAGACAGAUAAGACAGGUGGAAUUCUUUGGAACACUCGCACGACGCUCCCAGGGAUGUGGAUGCAUGUUGCCAGUGUCACCUCACAUCAUUGGGUGAGGCUCAUUAGCUCUGCACCAGCAUAGCUUUCACUCAUGAUGCAACAUUUAGAUAUAGUGCGUAUUCAGUGUUACACAAAGCUUCUCUGGAUUUAAUUUGAAAUGCAUCAAAGCACAUUUUUUUUUAAUUUUAUUGUGUGCGUGCAUGUGUGUGUGUGUGGAGCUUCAGAAGAUUUUCCUUUCUUUGUUUGCGACUUCAUUCAUCGCAUUGUCGUGUGGUCCCUUCAGGUAGACUCCUAUAAUGCUCUCUAUACAGUCUUCUCUUAUUUCCUGCUUUCCUGUGUGUGUGUGAUGCAACUUUAUUGUACAUAUUUAUCCUGACAUGUUUCAUAUACUUGCAUCAGAAAUAAAACUUUAUACUCCAA